AGAAGAGUAAGAAAAAUAGAAAGGAGAGAGAAAAGAGAGAGAGAGCAGGGCGGAAGUACUGUUCCCAGAGUGCACCGCGGCCUUAGCUCAUAAACACAGAUAGAGGGUGAAGAACGGAGAGACAGAUGAUCGUGUUUGUGCGCUACAACCUGAGCCCAGGUGUGGCCGUGGACCUGCAGGAGGAGGCGAGUGUGGCUGAACUGAAGGAGGUAGUGGGACGUCAGCAGGGAGUCCGACCUGACCGCCUGAAGGUGCUGUUUGCAGGGAGGGAGCUGCAGAGCACCGCCACCCUCCAGGACUGUGAUCUCCCAGAGCAAAGCACCGUUCAUGUGGUCCUCCAUUCAUCGGACCCCUCGUCUAAGCUGCUCCUCCUACAGACUCGUUUGUCUCGAGGGAGAGAGAAAAACAAGGAUGGUCUCACCAGGCUGGACCUCAGCUCCUCCCGCCUCCCCUCAACCUCCACUGGGUUGGCUGUAAUCCUAAAGGAGAGCGAAGGAGGUGAUGGAGGACAAGAGGCAGAGAGAGAAGAGAUGCAGGCUGCAGCUAUUGGAGGUGUGCGUACAUGCAAUACUUUUUUUGUGUACUGUAAACGCUGCAGCUCGCCUCAACCCGGAAAACUGAGAGUUUGCUGCACAAACUGCAAACAGACGACACUGACGCUCAGCAGGGAUCCAUCUUGUUGGGAUGAUGUUCUUUUUCCUGGACGUAUUCAUGGUGUUUGUCAGUCACCAGGCUGCCAUGGCGAUGAAGCGGAGUUCUUCAUGAAGUGUGCGUCCCAUCCCACAACAGAUGAUGGCUCUUCCGUGGCCCUCGACCUCAUUGUGACCAAUAGCAGAGGUGUGCCCUGCAUUGCCUGCACCUAUGUCAGCUGUGUGGUUUUGGUCUUCCAGUGUCUAGACCGACAUGUGAUUUGUCUGGACUGUUUCCGACGAUACUGUCAGACUCGACUGAAUGAGCGUCAGUUUGUUUAUCACCCAGUGAUUGGAUACUCGCUGCCAUGUGCAGUUGGCUGUGAGGACUCCCUCAUUAAGGAGCUUCAUCACUUCAGGCUUAUAGGAGACGAUCAGUAUGGGCGAUAUCUGCAGUACGGAGCAGAGGAGUGUCUGCGGGUGAUUGGAGGACUCAUGUGUCCAUCACCUGACUGCGGGAUGGGGCUUCUUCCAACUGAUGACAGCAGGAAAGUGGAGUGUGACCGACAGGUGGGCUGUGGCUUCAUAUUCUGCAGGGAGUGCAGGGAGGCCUACCAUGAGGGGGGCUGUCUGGCCACACUGGCCCCACCCACAGAUGAGGUCUCACAGGGUUUUGUUGUAGAGGAGGCAGCAUCUCACCAAGGAAGGUGGGACCAAGCCUCUCUGCUCCUUAUUCAGGAGUCAACUAUGCCCUGUCCUCAGUGUUCGGUUCCUGUGGAAAAAAACGGAGCUUUUCAGGUUUUCCUCAGCUCUCUUCCUGUGUGAUCUGUACAAGACCUGGAUUAACCGGAGGAGUAUAUAUCUUACAGCAACUGGUUCAGGUUCUUUAAAGGCUUGUUAAAUCUCGUUACGAGUUUCAGAGCAGAAAUUACCAUUAUUAAAACAUGUGUUUCUUGCUGUUUUCUCCUUGCAGGCGGCUGUAUGCACAUGCAGUGUCCUCUGUGCAGAGCUGAGUGGUGCUGGAUCUGUCGAGUUGCCUGGAACAGGGAGUGUAUGGGAAACCACUGGUUUGGAUAAACGCACAGGAGCUUGACUGAGACCGACUUUAGACUUUUCUCAUUUAACCUGAAGCGUUAGCAACAAGGCGUGUACACAGCUGCAUCAUGUAGUCUGCAGGUCAGACAGUUGAAAACAUCAGGAAUUGGCCUUGGAGCCAGAAUGUCUUUCAUCCCAAAUGAGCAAACUUCAGAUGGGAAGCAACAUAAAAUUUUAAAACAAAAAAAAUGAGUCAACAAUUUAGAAAUAAACAUUUCGCCAGGAGAAACAGAAUUAUCUUGUUUCUGUCAGUGAAGGAUAUUAGUCAUCCAGAUGUUCUUUCCACUUACUCAAAGCAAAACUCUAAUUACUUCAUAUACACAUACAUACUGUAGAAUAAGAAAAAAUGAGGCAUCAGCCAGUAUUGUCAUUUGUUGUUCAUUACACUAUGAGGUAUUUAUAGACCAAACCCUGGACCUUGACGCUCACAGAUAAGAAGCACCAUAAACCAGCAGCAGCAGGUUGAUUACACAAAACUCUAAAGUGUCCACUAAUUCAGGUCAGUCUAGUUCUUCUGAAGACUCAGAACCACUGUACAGCUGCUUGAAUGGAUCCAGAUUAUAGAAUGAUUUAUUAGUCCACGAUCAGAUCGGUUUAGGGAUCGGUCUGACAGCUGUGGAAAAUUUUGAACUGAAGAUGACUUGCAGCGUCGACAUGAUCCAGGUGUGUUUAAGAGCUGGUCCACCGCUGUGUCAAUUCUGUCCUAUGUAGGUGGAGCCAAGUGUUUAAAGCCACAAAGCACAAAGCUUUUAGCUAAUAUGGCUUAGCAUUCAUGUGUAACAUUAAUGAAACACCAUCAAUUGUAAUAAAGACAAUGAAUGUAUGUUAGCCAUAAGUUUCCGGUGGGGUUCUCUUUCAUAUAAUCUUUAAUUGUACAUUUGGGUCUAGAGUGAAUAGGAGAAUCAGGGAUUAACUAGAAUAAUGAUGCAUAUUGCUGCUUGUGUUGUCUUAUAACCUCUGUAGGUGAAGGAUAAAAACAAAUUGUAGCAGUAGAUAAAGUAAUUGUAAGCAAAUUAAACACCAAAUCAACUUUUGGAUAUUUGAA